CUUCUGUCUCGGUCUAAGCCUGCCCAUACGCACACCGAUCUCGCGGAAUUUGGAGUCUUCGUCCAAUCCUUCGAUCCCGAGGAUCCAACAUUCACCGAUUCCGAAGCUUGUCUCUUCCUACCACUCACCCAGAAGGAGCUUGAAGAGUACAAGAUCGAUCGCAGAGGACUUACUAAUGACGAGAAGCGUUAUCUCUAUAGAUUCGAGGACACCUUCAAUGAUUUCCCACAAGAUCCCUCGGACCCAGAGCAUUACCAGAUGUGGGACAGGGCUCAUCAAAUUCUAUUCUCUCUUGAUCUCUUCGCAUCACAUCAUAAGAAGGAAAUGAAUAGCGAUAUCGUCACAAUGGCAGAAGCCUCGUACUGGGAUAAUAUCAAGGCUGAGGACUCUUUCCGCGGCACUUCAGAUGGAUCGUCAAUCGGGAUCAAACAAGGGCAUUCGAUGCCUCAAGCCCUUCCAAGAUGGAGCACAGAUUCUACUUGCCAAUGGCUCAAUGAAGAUCUGCAGGCCAAACUUGAUGAUUCUGGCAUCUUGAAUGUUUGGUCCUCGCCGAUUUACAAUUUUAUGAACAGCGACGAGAAGAUGAAACUU